AUGGAGGACUGGAAAAGGCCAAUCAAUAAAUACAAAGCUGUGCUGGACACUGGCGGAGAAAACGUGGACAUCGACAUCAACGUGCCUAAACUCCGCGCGGAAAAUCUUCAUUUUCAGACUUGGGGGUCGGCACGAAUACUUGCAGGCCAACUACACACUAUACCGAUAGAAAAGGCACAGUUCAGAGAAAAUGGAGUCAACAUUCUAGAAAUGGGCGCCGGGACGGGCCUCGCCGGUCUGGCGGCCGCGGCAAUCUGGCAGACGAGCGUGACGCUGACAGAUCUAGCGCCGUUCGUGCCCGGGCUGGCGCGCAACAUUGAUGUCAACAAGGACGUACUCUCUGACAGGAGAGCGUCGGCGUGUAGCGGAGCCCUGGACUGGAAUCAGCCCGCAACGCUGCCCGUCUUCCACCAUGAUCCCGAGCAGAUCCAGCAGACGUACUCCAGCGAGACCGAUAAAGCCAGGGUCAUCAUUGCGGCGGACUGCCUGUAUUCAGAGGACCACCCCCGCAUGCUGACGAACGCCAUUCUCGCCUGGCUGCGGCCCGGUCCGGAUUCUCGAGUCAUCGUCUGCUACCCUUUGAGAAUUGCCUAUCUGGACAUCAUCCGAGAGCUAUGGGAGCUGCUGGAGGCGGGCGGUCUCGAGUCGGUAUCUGAAGGCAAAGAAGAGAUCACCGAUGAGGUCUGGGACGACGAGCGGCUCCACGAAUGGGGCGUCUGGAGAUGGCGACUAUAG